AUUUUAGACUACGUACUGUAUAAUCGCGGUGCGCACUAUAAUAGGUUGUCACGAAAGUCGUGUUGUGUAAAAGUUCAGAAACAGUAGUGUUUCUUGGCCUAAAUGGCUCUUCAAGUAUACAGAGACUCUGACCAGAAUGAAACUUAUCAUUCGUGUAAAGUUCCUGUGCAAGAGAUCAGCUACGACAGAUCGAAAGAGGAGUUCUGCUGCAAUGUCAUGAUAGACAGCUACUCGUUCCUGAGACGAAUCCCAUCAGCAUCUUCAUUUCUGCUUGUGUUGACGACACUAGUGUCUUAUGCUGCCAGUUACCUUGGGAAAGAACUUGUCUUUCCUAGGAAUAGGAAAGAAAUUCCACACCUCCCCGGCUCCACGCUGACAGUAGAACAGGGCCAGUUAUCAGUGCAUUCGUCGUCAACCAAAUCCAGGAAAGAGAAGGAAUCUCCUUCCUCUCGUAGGAGUAACGACUCAAACCACAACGAUGAAUUUCAGGAACCAACAAAUCAUCUAGGACCUCCCGAACGACAGUUUUCAAGCCCAAACCCGAUGUCCCCCUCCCCACCUCGCAAGCAUUCCCAGCAGCAACAAGCACCACUAGGACGAGCAUCUUCAAAUAUUUCCCAGCCCCGCACUAGUCAAGAACAAUGUGUCCAGCCCACAGAACAUGCGUCAGACAUAUCCCACAGACCGCGUCCAGUCAUACACAGCAGUUCACUGGUCCACACCUCCAGCUCCGACAACCAGCAGGCAGUGAUCAUCAGCGAACGUCUCCAGUCGUCCUCGACAGCAGUGUCUACUACUGCAGCUGAACCUUUCCUCGGAGAAGACUCUGGGGAGACGAUUGAAACGGUGCGAGGAGCAGCGGAGUGUCUCCAUGCUCAGGAUUUCGGUCAGAUGCGCCGACUGCUGAGUGACAUCAGAGCAGAGUCAGUUGGCAGCAGUGUGGCACUGGCCGUUCAAUUUGGACUCGGGCAGGCAAACUUUAAACUGAAGCAAUACUCACAGGCCGAGACUCAUUUUUCAGAACUGGAGAACCGGGCCAGGACACUAGGUGAAGAAUGGAAAGGUCUAAAUUUGGUGAAGCAGCCGUUCACUACCGGAUGGCACUCAACUCCCACUCCACUGAAGUGAGUGUAGCUAAAAUAUACAAAAUAAUUCCUCCAUCGCGCUCAGGGCUCUGGUCGAAGCUCGCUGCAGCGCUGAGAAAUGGAUCAAAGGUCGUGGACGCAAUCGCUUCCUAUCAAGAAGCUAUUGCGUGUGCCUCAUCCAAAAAGGACAAGCUAGCGGCCCACACCAGUCUAGGGAACCUCCUACAGAACGCGGGGGAGAACACUCAGGCAGUGGAAGAGUACAUCCACUCGAUUCGCCUCUCUGAAGAUUUAGGUGACAACGUCUCACUUGGCUGGGCUCACGGGAACAUUGGAAACGCCUACCUUGGCCUGGGGGCCCGGGACAAAGCAAUCCACCAUCUCAAAAUGGCUCUGGAGUUAACCCUCCAACACGAGCCGACUCCAGCAGCCAUCGGACGAGCAUACAAUAAUCUAGGGACGGCCCACCAAGCCCUCAACGAGCUCCAAACUGCACAGGAGUACUACGACCUCGCACUCGCUCAGGCAAUCUACGGUUCCGACACCGCCGGACAGGCGAGAGUGUACGGAAAUAUCGGAAAUUUGAAAAUGUUGCUGAAACAGUAUGACGGAUCCAUCUCGCACUACACAGAGACACUGAACACCACCAAAGACAAAGCAACUAAAAUCACGGCCCACCACAACCGAGGCUGCGCCAACUACGAGAAAGCCGAAAACGAAAAGCGAAAGUAUUACGUGACCAUCGUUUCAUCGCCCGUCAACACCGGAGGGUCUGUUGCUGCAACAGAGAGGGAGGCUGGCAAACAGUUUGCACUGACCUACCACGGGAAAGAGGUGGAGAAGGCUGUUGAGGCACAACACAAGCUACCAGCUCUCCCUCGACAUGUCCAGAAAUGGUACAAGAGAGCUCUCGAGGACCUAGCCCACGUUGUGAGUCAACACGAGCUGUCAUUUGGUAACAUCAAGGGUUCGAGGAAGGGACUUACUCUGAGUGUGUCUCUGUUCGAGACAAACGCUCGCACGUUUCACAGACUGCUCGACUGCCACUAUAACCUUGGUGAGUGGGAGAGGGCCUUGGAGUACGCUGAGCAGAGCAGGGCUCGGACACUCGGCGAGCUCUUAUUGGAGCGAAAGAGGGGCCAGCUGGAGGUUGAUCUGGCGACUCCGCUGGAUAUUGGGCAGAUGGAGAGAGUCGUGGGGUCUCAGGCACUGGACGUGGUGGUGGUGUCUUACACUGGGUCUCGUGUCCUCGUGUGGGUCCUGUCGCCUGGAACUGAGAGGGUGGGAGACGAGGGGCAGAGGGAGGUACGGAGAGCCAUGUUUCAAGUCGCAGUUGAGGACACCGGGUUUGACGGGAAGAGUCUGGACUACUACCUCCACUACUUGCUCUCCGAGGAGUUAGUGGAGAAGAAUGUAGAGAUGUAUGCCUACAGCGAUUACCAAGCGAGUGACUACGUUUCGCCCAUUGUUCGCCUCCACAAGUUGUUUGCCGAGCCACUCCUGAGGAUCAUGUCGUGCCUCCAUCCUCCCCAGCGCCCGGGCCAAGUUCGAGACGUGAUCUUCAUCCCUGAUUCAUACAUCAACGUUCUUCCCCUUGUGGCCCUGUUCAACAAAGCCUCGCAACAGUUCUUGGGCGAUAGUUACCGCUUCCGUAUCAUGCCCUCGCUGCUGAGCAUGGGGAUUCUUGACCAGAUGCCUCCGGUCGAAGUCCACGUCCCUCGAGACGGCAACAAGUUCUGCGUGGUGGGAAACCCAGCAAUCCCCACCUUCUCUGUCAAAGGGAAGACAUGGAGUCUCGGGAAGCUUCCGUUUGCGACAGAAGAGGCCCAGUGGGUGUCGUAUAUCCUUGACUGCAAACCCACUCUCCACGAACAGGCGACUAAGUCGGUGGUCAUGAUGAUGGUGGCAGGGGCGCGCAUGAUUCACAUUGCUACCCACGGGAGUGCAGCGUCUGGGUUCCUCGCGUUUGCUUCUCUGGAGGGCACCGGGACCUCGGAGCCGAUCGACGAGAAAUCGGUGCUCAUCUACCCCGAGGACAUCGAGAAGAUGGCGAUCAAUCCAGCCCUGGUGGUCCUCAGCAGCUGUGACAGCAGUCGGGGGACAGUCAAGGCAGACGGAGUCCAGGGAAUGGCUCGGGCGUUCAUCCUUGCAGGGGCCCAGUCGGUGAUGACUACUCUCUGGCGUGUCCCCGACGAGAGUGCCGCUGUGUUCAUGAAGUUCUUCUACCAAUACUUGGUGGAUGGUCACCCUUCCACGACGGCUCUUCAGAAGGCGAUAUUGAGUGUGAGGAGUUUCACCAAGUACUCUGGGUUUGUCCACUGGUCCGGGUACCAGCUGACAGGGAGGGAAGUGAGGGUUGUGGCGGCUGAGGGGGGCGAGGGGGAGAGGAGGGUGAGGGGGGCAGUGGGGGGAGAGGGGCCCACUGUGUUCCCUAGACUGGACGUCAUUCAGACUCUGGAGAAGAACAUUCUGGAGAGAGCAGGCGGCUCUAACUCCCCACCUACAGAUGUUCAGGUGGUUCAUGGCUCCCAUGGUCUCAGUCCUGCUGGUCCAGUGAGGGACUUUGCUCUGCGAAACCACAGCGCCUUUCCAGGAGGAGUGUUCUGGCUGAAUGGCCGCUCUGAGUUCCUGAAUGGAGCACUAGAACUAGUGAAUGCAGUGUGUCUGAGACAGGGUUUCACUGAGCAAUGUCUGGUGAUACUGGACGACGUGAAGUCACUGCCGCAGUCUGCGAGCCUUCGAGAGCUCCUCAAAUCUCGCUCCACUGGUAUCAUCAUCAUCAGCCACAGCUCACACCCCCCGGAGUCCCUCAAGCAGGAGAUCGAUCAGCAGCUGAUUAGGGGGUGGACCCCAAUCUCGAUCCAGCCUCUGUCCACAGUUCACACCACUCAGCGGAUCGUCCACUCUGUCAUGUCUCUCACUCACUUCACUCCCCUCAAUAGAGAGCAGAACCUUAUUGAGAAGAUUGCCAGUCUCACAUCAGGCUGUCCUGGACUGGUCACCAUUACCAAUUCCCUACUACAUCGCUGCUUGGAAGAGGCUGGGAGAAACACGGGGAGUUCACAAGCUGAUUUCCUCCAUGUCUUUGCUUCCAAGGUCAACGUUAACCUUGAUCGACCGACACGUGCAGAUGCUCCAUCUUCCUCUGAGUUGCCAGCUAUGAGAGCGAGAGCGGGAUCAUUCCGGACUAAUCGCUACUUAUCCGAGCUCAUCUCGGCCUUCCAACUGCCUCCCACACACCUGUUUGUCCUCCGAACCCUCUCCGUCUUUUCUCCCCAGCCAGUUCCCCUCUCUCUCGUCGACAUCGUCCAGUGCCUCGUCGCAAAGGCAGCUGUCAGUAGUGCCGGUCACAGCAGAGUUGCCCCUAGUUCUAUUACCAAUCUGUUGUCUACCAAACUCCUUCGCUCCUACCCUUCACCUGUCAUUUGCCCUCCGACCAACACUCCUCCUCCUUCUCCUCCUCCUUCUCCGACAACUUCGCAACUUCCUGACAAUUAUUUAUAUGUGCCUCAGCUGGUUCAAGACACUCUAUGGGAGCACGUGGACGAGAGAGAUAUUGUAUUCACCGUAACAACAGCCUAUAGAGCUCUUCUGGAGAUGACCAGUCAACCUAGUAUCACAGCCAGUGAGGUGUGUUUUGCCACCGGGUUGACCGAGUGCCUCGUUGCCAGGUGUGACUCCAACAGCUGCAUCAGUGAGGGAGUGUACAGGGAGAUCUUCAAGAUGUUCCUCGGCCUCCAGCUGAGGAGUAGUGCAACCUCACAGUCCAAUGCACCAGUGUAGAACUACUAUCUCUUGCUUUUAGGAAUCUAUUAACUAUUUAGGAAUCAUUAUCUCAUUAUUAUUAUUGUUGGAGAUGCGCAUGCGUAUUGGUUGAUAUAUAAACACGUGCGAGUUCGGGGCGUGGCUGCGAGAACAGAUCGGCUCUGGCUCCAUUACUAUCUGCUGGCAACCAUAGGCAGCAUGUCUAGCAGUGGAGAUGCAGUGGUGGUUCAAGGGGACCAGGCUCAAGGAGAGCAAGGCCAAGCCCCUGCAGCCGGGCGUACGUGGUGGCAGUUGCUUCGCUCCGUUCUCUUCCAGAUGGUCGUGUUCUACUUCAUUAUGAACUUCUUCCGUGGACGUCAGCAGCAGGCGCCGCCUGUGAGCCCUGAGGGGCACCACCCUUCUACCGGCACCAACCUCUUUCCCACCGGACAGCAGACGGGACUCUUUGUGUAUCUCACAGAGUGGGAAGAGUUCAACGUGUCCCGAGACCAUGCCAGCCUGGUAUGGAAUGAGGACCUUGUGUACAGCGACUGGAACGGAGGUCCAAAUGCCGAUGGCAGCUUUGUCUUCUCCUUGAACAUCACUGUUCCUGAGUCUGUGCAGCAGAAUGGAACGUGGUACCUGCACGUCCUCUUGGUGAAGUCUGGGUAUCCAGUGGAUCCCGAGGACGAGGACUACAGUCCUCAGGCCAUCGCCCACACCUCUGGCUUGUUCAACAAGUACCGGAAGCGUCACGUACACAACACAGUCAACCUCAUAACAGGAGAGGCUGACGUCGCUCCGGGCUCCUUGAAGGUUCCUCAAGGUUCCACAGAUGUUUCGCCAGAGAUUUUGUCUUACUACCAUCCAAACCUCACCAUCAAUGUAGUGGACGACCACACGCGCUGGGUACCGGGCUCCGUUCCUCAGCCUAUGGACAAGUUCAUAGAGUUUGAUAUGGAGACGGGAGGCUAUUUCCCAAUCUUGUACCUCAACGACUACUGGAACCUGGCCCAGGAGUACAUGCCUCUCAACGACACCACUCCGAACGUGGCCGUCACCCUGUCGUUUGUUCCAAUCACAAUGUUCAAGUUUAACAUGUUUGCAGCCAUGUCACGCAACAACCCCUGGUAUGGGCUGAUGAGUGGAGCUGAGCAGACUGACGAGGAACAAGACAGCAUCAAGCAAACAAUGCUGGACACCAACCCCUACCUGUUGGGUCUGACUGUAGCUGUCAGCAUUCUUCACAGCAUCUUCGAGUUUCUCGCAUUCAAAAACGACGUGCAGUUCUGGAGGAGCAGGAAGACUCUGGAGGGGCUCUCGGUUCGCUCCGUCUUCUUCAAUGUGUUCCAGUCUCUGGUGGUCCUCCUCUAUAUCCUGGACCACGAGACCAACUAUGUCAUCAUCGUCAGCGUCUUUGUAGGUCUGCUGAUCGAAGUGUGGAAGGUCACAAAGGUCGUGGAGAUCAAGAUCGACAGACGGAACAUGAUAGGAGGGGUUAUCCCGCGAAUUACCUUCGUCGACCGCCCGUCCUACCAGUCAUCGACCAAGAAAUAUGAUAUAAUGGCGUUCAAGUAUCUCGGCAUUGUCCUCUUCCCCCUCUUCAUUGGCUACGGGAUCUACUCUCUGUUCUAUUUAGAGCACAAGGGAUGGUACUCAUUCGUCCUCAGCAUGAUGUAUGGAUUUCUGCUUACAUUUGGGUUCAUUACCAUGACUCCCCAGCUGUUCAUCAACUACAAGCUCAAGUCAGUGGCCCACUUGCCCUGGAGAAUGCUCACCUACAAGGCCCUCAACACAUUCAUCGACGACAUGUUUGCCUUUGUCAUAAAGAUGCCAACUAUGUAUAGGAUUGGCUGUUUCCGUGACGACAUCGUGUUCUUCAUAUUCCUCUACCAGAGGUGGAUCUACAGAGUUGAUCCCAAGAGGGUUAAUGAGUUUGGGACCUCUGGAGAGGACUCUCAUGGUGCCCCCGUGGGCGGUGAAGAGAGAGAAAAUGGACCCAGCCCGCCUAGAAUUGACCCUAGCAACAAGAAAACUGAUUAAUUUGUGAGCGCGCGCUCGCACUGUAUACACAUACGAUACCUCUACGAUAAUUAUGACGACGUCAGACGACGCGCGUGGUGCAUGCGAAAGGGCUAUAAAACGCGGAGCGUUCGUUGGUGUACGGUCAGUUCGGUUGUUUGCCCGCCCCUCCUUUAUUUCUUAUGGCUGGUAGCUAGAAUCACUUAGGUAGACUUACAUUGCGGGGCAGUCAACAACACCAUGUCUGGUAGCAAUCGCUCGAUCUCGCGAUCGUUUUAUAGCGACGGCGAGGACGAAGAUCGCGGCGGUACUGCUGCUGGGGACGGGCUGGAUCGUACUGUGAGUUGCGAAAACCUAUUCUGCCCCCAACAGCCCGUGGCGUCUCCGUCUUGGGGGCGGCGGCACCGGGGCAGACCGCAAUCACCCGCUUUGCGGCGUGUGAAGUGCGGAGCAACCAGCCAUUCCACUGACAAUAUCUACCAAUUGCACGGAGCUGAAUUACCACGUUCAAGGUUCGUGCGGAUUCGCGAGCAAAGACCAGUCAAGAGCAGCGGACUUCGUCGUGCGUACACGCGCUCUCUUGAUGGUCUUGACUCAGUGAAUGACUCCCCUGACAACAUGGAGAGUGACUUGGAAAGUACUGGUGAUGAGUUGGAGGAAGAUCCUUCUCAGCAAACGAAGAAACACGCAUUUGGACCAAUUGAGGUAAAAACCUGUGUAUACAUGCAAUAAUGCAGAGAGCUGUCCUCUUUCCAUCCCAGUGAUGUAGCAACCACGGGGCUCUGGGGGCUGGCGCCCCCCCCCCCUAUAUUUUCUUGGGCUCGCGCAUAGAAAAUCAGUGGGUGUGGCAGCACCUAUGUGUUUUUUACGCAUGCGUGUGGAGCCCCCCUUUGUCCAAAAAUCUUCCUACGCUAAUGUGAUACCCACAUCUCUAUAACAGCUGGUCAUUGGUCUGGUCACGUGCAAGUGUAUCUCCCCAGAGACCUGCACUCACCCCAACUAUUGGAGAGGAUUGAUCACCAGAGACUGGAGCAUGAGGUUAUUUCAUGAUGAGAACAGAGAGAGGAAGAUCAACUUCCCACCAAGCAGCAAUCCGCUGUCUGAGGAAACAAUGGAGAGAGUGAAGAAAAUGGUUCCUGUGAAAACAGUUUUCAAUGAGCUUUGAGAAGAGCAACUAGAGCACUUGAUACGUACUAACUGAUAUUCAGUUCUUAUCUACAACUCUUUGUUGUGUACAAGUGUUUUCCAUGAAAAAUGACUGGUUCAUGCGUGAGCGAAUUGUGCGCAUGCGCCCACUGACAGAAUGGUCACGAGGCUCUAGCUAGCUAUAACUAAUAAGCCGGCCAUAGCCGAGCGCUCGUGUUUUCUGCUGGGUAGUGUAGUAAGUACCGAGUAGUACUGGUGCCCAGUUGCUUCCAUCAGUCACAAUGACAGAUCAAGAACCGGCGGAGGAGAAGAGAAAGAAAGCGCAAUCCCCGGACGACGGUCUUGGGGCCGCGGGAGGCGGCGGGGGUCGGUCCUCGCUCGCACUGCCCGGCGCUUCCUCUGCUCCUUCCUCCCCUUCGCACUCGUCCUCCUCCUGGACGAGAGCAAAGGGAAACGAGCAGCAGUUCGAAGGGGACAGCCGCGUGGGUGUCGCCGAGGAACGUAGGAGACCAAGUCCACACGCUCAUCUAGUUGAUCCGCCUAUCCCGAGCGACUGUUCGGCGGAGAAUGACUCUGAAUGGGAGUGCGAAAAACCUGUGGACAGCCACCCUGGCCCGGUCGCGGUAAGCGUGGCUCCGUUCAGGGGCUUCCCCCUUGUAUGGCACAAGUCAGGUUUUUCAGCGUUUAUGGGAGCUUUUCGCUUGGCCCUUCAGUCCUGUAGGGCUAAAUUGCAUUUUUGAUGGGCGCACAUGUAGUUAAUCCAAUUUUUACACGACCAAUCUCAUCUUAUAGUACGUACGUAGCUACCGGAUAUGAAGUGCUCAGAAACACGUGAAACAGAACAUCAGUCUAGCAUUAUACAUGGUCCGUAUGCUGCCACAUCCUAUUGUAUACUGUCUGAGUGACUGCUGUACAUGUAGGAGCAGCAAGAUGUGGUGAAGAGUGAAAUGGUCGGAAGUGCUGCAGAUGAUCAGCAGGAAGUGGUUCAGCCACCUCAACCUGCCUUUCUACACCCAGUCCCCAUUUCAGCCUCUCUUGACCAACAUGGUGACGCUGCCGAGCUGGUGUUGGGGUGUCGGUGUACCUGUGAGGAGACGGGGAAGACAUGCCACCACACCAUAUACUGGAGGGGAACCCACGUUAUCAGUGGAGACCAACACAAGUAAUGUCAGCUUUCAUGUGUAUAUAUAUAUAGCUGUGCGUAUGUGUAUAAACCAAUUGUGUUCGUGGCCACACUACAGCAGUAAACGCAGUGAAUUGUGAAAGUUAGAGCUCAUGUGUGUAGGUUGGAGCUGCAGAAUAAGGCUGGGGUUUGUGUGACCUACCCUCUGCCACUCCACUCCUACUGCAGAUGCAAGUAAAGGACCUAUUCUGUGGGGUUCCUGGGACUUACUACAUGUUAGUGAUUCUGUUGAAAUGAGCCUGCAGUUUACAGCAGCAGUCCUACAUCUUCCGGAGGUGUGUCUCGUCUCAAACUGGCUCUUCGUUCUGAAGGGUGUGGACUUGGACUAAGAAACUAUAGAUUUUGUUCAUUGUGCAUGAAAUGAUACGUGUAAAUGCAGUUUUAUAUACUGAGUGACGUACGUUGCAUGGUGUUUGACAUGCGCAUGCGCAUUCACAAAACCGUUGACGUCAUUGUUCUAUUUUUAUGCUUAGUAUAGUGCGCGUGUAUAUAGUCCGCCGGCGCGUCAUAUAAUAGCCUCACCCCUAACUGCUGAAAGUCUCUGAACGUCUCUGAACGACUCACCGAUCGCUCUUGGGCUCCGCUGCACACAGGUGUAUGUUUCCCGCGUCGAAUGUCGAACCAGGGACUCAGCCAAGUAGUACAGCCAAGCCAAGUUCCAGAGGUAGGGGGCUUGGGUGGCCGGGAGGUUGCCGCUGCUCGUGCGGCAGUACACGGCUCCUCCACGGCCACCCCGGGCCCCCGGAGUCUCAGUAGCGACCUACUUUCCUCUUCAGUUCCAGACCCCGUACACAAGCUGUUUCCUGACGAACAAAAAGCCGCACCUCUAGUGGAGGACUUUCCUACUGGUACACUGGGCGAGAGCCAGGAGAAGGAAGACAUAUUCUCGCGCAGUGUCACAGUGACCAAGCCAGAUGGAAUGGGAGCCGUAGUUCUAAGGACUGACUGGAUUGUCGAAACUCUCGACGGAGGAACAAGACUUUCAUACUUGAAUGAAAGAAACGUCGCCCUUUUGAGGGUCGCUACUGGGCUGCCUCUGCCAAAGGCUGGAGAAGCUCUGGUGUAGAACACCACUUAUUUCUCUGGUGUGUCUCCACACCUCUCACUACACAUAACAUACCAUCUCAUAUGAGAUACAGUAAAUAACCCUUUGCACACCCUCUGCUAUUUUAUGCAGACAUCUUUAUAUUUUGCUGUAUGCAUCUUUGCUGUUUUGUACUAACGCUUCACCAUUUAACAGUUUAUACUCAAAUGUGUAUUAUUAAUUUGUGAGAAUGUUGGUUGUGGUCAAUGUCUCUU